AUGAUCUCUGACGAACAGUACGGCCUCUGUCGUUCUAUAUUAGACGACCCCGCAAUAGAAGAAGAAGAUAAAACAGAGCGCCUGGAGGAGUUGCUGAGCAAGGAGGCCGGGCUGAGCGGACAUGCCCUGGAAAAUGCAGUCCUGGAUGCCCUAUGGAAACAUCGAAAUGCCCAGCGUGGAGAGAGUUCAGAAGCUCCAUUGCGACACCAUGUCAUUCGAAAGUCUUCUCCGGCUCCAUGGCAGGUGAAUAGGGCUCCUACACCAUUGGGAUCUCCUCCUCCUCUGUCCUCCAGUCCUGCUCUCUCAGUUGGAUUCCCAGCCUCGCGCCCCAGCUUUUCCCGCCAGCGGUCCAGUGUCCACUCGCCCUUCGUUUCGCCUCGACCUUCACCACGCCUCGCCUUAGCCCAACCUAUACCACAUAGUCCCAACUUGAACGCUUAUGAAUUUUCCGAUGCUAGCCCUGCACCGGACAUUUACGGCGAUUACGGCCAUGAGAACGUGGAUUGGCUGCUGGGCGAUGAGACCGGGAGCAAUGCUUCUUCCACAGGUACAGGACAUCUGAGUGCUGCGGCUCCGGAAUGGGUGCCUCAGCCUGACAUGAGCCCUUAUGACAUUAUACGAUCUGUGUUGGGCGAUCGCAAGACUGAUGAUGAAAUUGAAGACGCUCUAAACAAGCAUUCCUACGAUUUGGGUUCCACGAUUGCUGCGUUGCUGGGAACAGACACGACCGAGGCCCAAUACACUGGGGUGCCGAACCAUGAGGCAAAGGUCCUGGUAGGCAAGUCUAUGACGGUCAACCAGGCUCGUCCUUCUACUCCGAGCACGGGAAAGAGUUCGAUUGUCUGCAAAUACUGGUUGGCCUCUGGCUCGUGUCUCCGUGCAGAUUGCCGAUUUGCUCACGACACGAGCGGUUAUAUUUGCAAGUACUGGAUGAAUGGCAACUGUCUAGCAGGCGAUGCAUGUCAAUUCUCGCAUGAUCCAACGCUUUUGAUCAACCACCUCUCCGUUGCCGACGCUGCUCCUACUCAGAGCCUCCCACUGUCAGACCAGAAUGAUCAAUUUCCCAGCCUCUCCAGCCCAAACGUCAGGAGUGCUCUUCAGGCUGGUCUUGCAGCAGGGAAUACUUUCGUGCCCUCCAAUCAGAGGAGCCGAAGUGCUCUGGGCAACCUUACUCCCGGUUCUCGGCCUCAUUCCAGACCCAACUCGCGGCAUCAGAAUCGUCCAGAGAUGCCCUCCUCAUUAUCGAUGGACGAUCCAGAAGCCUUUCCAAGUCUUGGGUCUCUGAGUUCCAAGCGAGGCGCAAAGCUCUUUGGUCAACGGUCCAGGCAUGGCCCCGGGAGUAUGGAGAAGGAGGUCCCGUCUUCGCUGGCAGACGUUGUGCGGAUGUCGCCGUCUCCGAGUCCUGCACAAAUGCGGAAACCAGACCUCAUGCGCAAAAUCAGAACUUACGGAGGAUCCGAGGGUACGGCCGCACGUAGAAUACCAGAACCCCAGCAUAUUCCAUGGUUGGAGACAGGUGCUCGGGCGAACCAGCAAUACAUGAAAUACCGGCAGGAAGCCAUCAAACAUGGAAGCAUACGCAACAAAUUCCUCCAGAGUGCCGCCCAAGCCUGGAAUCGGAAUGACGCACGUGCGGCAAAAGCGUUGUCACUGCGCGGACAAGCCGAGAACGAUGCCAUGAGGAAAGCCCACCGAGAAGCAGCCAAGGCAUUGUACGACGAGCGGAAUCAACACCUCUCGGCGCCGAUGGACGAAGACGAAGAGAUGUACAUAGAUCUUCACGGUCUUCAUCCGGAGGAAGCCGUUGAGUAUCUGGAAAACAUUCUAGUGGCCCAAUCGAAGCGUGGAAGGAGGAUCAUAUAUGCUAUCACAGGCACCGGCCAUCACAGCAAGAACGGCAAAGACAAAGUCGGCAAAGGCGUGCGCAAUUGGUUGAAUGAGUGGGGAUACACGUUCCGCGAGUUCAGCGUGCCUGGUGAGCGAGGUGGUUACAUUGGUGGUGUGCUCGGCAUUGAUAUCACGAGCCAUAGACGGCAGCCCGUCUCGGCAGAAGGCUCAAAAGGAGAAGAGGAGACGUCGCCGACCCCAGUCGUUGCUACAGCGGUUGGCAGCAAGAUUCAGGUGCUCAAGCGCGAAGAAGUACCCGCGUGA